AUGCGCUGUAUUGCUCGCCCAUUACGUCUCUUCAGCACACAUGACUUCCCAAGGCUUCCAGUCCCCUACCGCUUACGAGUUCAAAUACGCCACCAAUCAUCCCUUAUUAGACCCAAUGGCCGUCAGAAACGCAUCGUCGUUGCUAUCACAGGAGCAACUGGUUCACCCUUGGCUGUUGCUCUCCUCAAACGUCUUCAAGAACUCAAAGUCGAGACGCAUCUGAUCAUGUCAAAGUGGGGAGGGACAACACUCAAAUACGAACUUGAAGCUCCAAAUAACACGGCUUCGUACCUAGCAUCUCUUGCCUCAGUCACACACUCAUCACUGGAUGUCUCAGCCUCACUAUCCUCUGGCUCCUUUCGCACAGACGGCAUGAUUGUAGUUCCAUGCAGUAUGAAGACAUUAGCAGGCAUACGCAUGGGCUACGAUAACGACCUUAUCGUACGAGCGGCAAGUGUGACAUUGAAGGAGAGAAGAAGACUUGUUCUAGUGGCUAGAGAAACACCGCUGACGAGCAUUUACUUGGAGAACAUGCUUGAAGUGACGAAAGCGGGCGCUGUUGUAUUUCCACCAAUGAUGGCCUUUUACACAAGACCGAGUUCUAUUGAUGACAUGGUACAGCAAAGUGUGAUGAGAAUGAUUGACUUGCUGGACCUGGAAGUCCUUGAUGGCGAUAUACAGGAUGAAGCUCGUUGGUCAGGAUUUGACUGGGCAGGCAAGUGA